AUGCCGUGGUUUGCGUAAUUUACAUUUUCUCAUAUUCAGCUCCCUAAUAUUGUCAAUUUCAGCGUAAUGUCCUCUCCGCUCGACGAGUUCAACUGCUAUCACAUUCCCGAUUAUUUCGUACAAUGGUACGACCUGGAACCCACAAUUCAAUGGCUUCAAACCACGGAAUCUGCGCAAAAACCUCCAAAAGACAAGGAAAAUGAGAAGAAGAAGAUACGGUAGGUGGCUACAGUAAUCCUCAACAUUCAAAACUGUUCAAAUUCAGGUCCACAUCCGCCUACGCACUGUUUUUUCGCGAACAACAACUGACGGAGAAGCGUGCGGCGCCGCACGCGACUUUCGGACAGAUAUCACAGAGAAUCGCGAAGCAAUGGGAUAAUUUGAGCGAAUCCGAGAAAAAGGUUCGUGUUAGGGACACUUUGCAACCGGUUCGCAACUUUCGGUCGUCAACUAGUUGCGAAACGUCCUUCAAUUUCAGGCCUACAAGCAGAGAUGCGAGAAAAAUCGAAAGAAGAGUAUUGCGAACGCGGUGGCGGAAAAGGCCCGAAAGCUUUUGAUGGCAGCGACAAAACUACACUAG